AUGGAGCCUAUCUUUUCUGCCGUUUCGAAUGAUGCCUAUCAUCUCUACACUCUUCUACGCUGUAUCGGAUUUGCCGAAAAGGCUCGCAUACAAAUAACACCCGAUGGAAUCCGAUUCUCUGUAGAAGAAAGCCGGGUGAUGCAGGGACUUGUGUUCCUCGACCGGGCCCUAUUCACAACUUAUACAUUCAACGCUCCUCGACCUCAAGACCGCAACGAUGAUACUUUGGUCGAUGAGGAGUCUGCCGGGGACAUUUACCCUCAAUUUCUCAUAUCUCUUACCGCUCUCUUAGAAACUCUUCAAAUUUUCGGCAUUGGCGACGCUAGUCAGUCAUCUUUUCUGCCAAAUGGCUCUUUCCAGAACACUUCUGGCGGCGCUUUUACUAGUCCAGCUGUGUUACUCGGCCGCACUUGUGCUUUGCGAUACUCAAGUCCUGGCAGCUCACUUUGCAUCACACUUUCAGAAUCCGGGGUUACUACUACUUGCGAACUCACCACCUACGAGUCCGAUGAUCCUUCGUUUGGGUCUGCUGGUGGUGAGGUGGACAUACCACUGCAACGCGACGCUAUUAUCAUGAAAAUUAUUAUGCGGUCUGCAUGGCUGUACAACGCCAUCAAUGAACUGGACGCCACAGACCCUACCGUUCUGACCAUCUCAGCCUCUUCCAAAAAUGCACCCUUCCUCACACUAUCUGGAUCCGGCGGGCCAUUCAGUGAGUCUAGCGUCAAAUUCUCAGCGGACAAGGAGAAUGGGGAAAGUGAGGCGAGUUACAAAAAUCUACAGGAUGAGGGAGCGAAACGGGCUAGAUUGGCUCCUGCAGUGACCGAAACCUUUCAAGUAAACCCCCCUUCCUCUAUGGGGUCUCUAGUCAAGGAGAACUAUCGCUUUGCGCUCAUCCGCAAAGCGUCUCGGGCCAUGGCUGCUGCGAGCAAAGUGAGCAUGCGGGGGGAUAUCCAGGGCGUCUUGAGUCUGCAAUUCAUGAUUGAGCUAGGUGGCGGAAACAGUGACGGCGAUGUCGGUCCUGCACGAGGAGGCACCAAGCAUGUGAGCUUCGUUGAUUUUAGAUUUGUACCUCUUGUCGGUCAGGAAGAUGAUGAGGAAGGAGGAGAAGAGAAUGGAGAUUCGGAGGGAUGGUAG